AUGUUACAAGAGAGUGCUAAAAUAAAACUUGCCGGUCGUCUCUUUGAUAGAGGGAAACCACCUUAAAGUAAUAAUAAUGAGAGACCACUUACUGCAAAGAUUGCAAUCAGAGCAUAGAUGAAUCAGACAAUGACAAAGAUUGAGAAGGUUCCUGAUAAAUUACCUGCAAUUCAUGAAGAACGUAGUUUCUCAUAUCAAAAAUCAGGAGGAGCAGGUCUAAAUUAAACUCGUGGGAAAUCAUAGAACAGUAAUAUUGAUUAGAUUCAAUUUAGACAAUGACUCAUUCCCAAAGCAUAAUAAAACUUUUGAUUUAACAAAUGAUAUAUUCUUAGAUGAGAGACGAUUAUUAAAGUCUCGUCAGGUUCAUGAAUUAAUGGAUCGAAUGAUUGGAAGAGUAAAACCUCCAAGUCCACCAAAAGAAGUUUAGAAGAUUGUUUAAGUGUUGCCAAGUAAUAUUUUGGAUAAUACUCGCAUGACUAUGACGAGGGAUAAUAGAACAGCUGCCAGAAAGACUAUUAGAGCAUAAUAAAUGAGGAAAGAGAUUUUGAAUAAAACCUCCAUCUCUUAAGUUUCAGAUAGUUCAGAAGAUUCAGGAGAAGAGAAUGGUAAUUUUGGAUUGAAAGAUGUGGAUGCAUUUAUUCAAAUGAUUAAGGAGCAUAAAUUAAGUUAAUAAGAAUUCAUGUAUUUGAUAAAAAGGAAGAAACAUUCAAAUGAUGCUUACAAUAUGAGAAUAGUUAAUUAUCCAUAUAUUCAAAAACAUUAACUAAAUAAUUUUUAUACACUUUCAGCUAAGGGAUUAACAAGAUAUGAGAAUAAUAUUACAAUUGAAUUUGUUUCAUUAAAUACAUGGUUAGAAGAAAGAGAUUAAUUUAAUGCAAUAAAAUCAUUAAGUUUUUUUAAAAAGUUUCGUAAAUGGAAGACAUUAAAGAAAUGGCAAAAGAUAUUACAUUAACAUAGAACUUCUAUUGUUUAAGCUUAAUUAUGUGAAAAGAUGUUGAUUUUAAAUCCAAUUUAUUAAAAAUUAAUAGUUUCACAUAGAAGUUUAUGUUAUGAUAUAGAAGCACUUAGAAUUGUAGAUAUAGAUAAAAUAGAAGAAGAAUUGACAGAUAAAAAAGACUAAUAUUUGAGUUUGCAAGAAUUUAGUUUAUUAUAAUAGAAAUAGAGAAAUAGAUUAGUAGAGAAAAUUUAAAUUUAAUCAAGGAAAAUGAAAGAAAAUUGUUUAUCAGGACUUAAAACUGUUAUUGAUAAAUUAAGAACAUAAAUUAAUUAAGAGAAAUAAUCAGAUGAUGAUCAUGUGCCAUUAAAAAUAGAAAAAAAUAUGUCUCAAUCCAGAUAAAUUGAUAAAAAAUAAUAAAUUAUUGAAACUUUUGGAUUUCCAGAAAGAAUGGAUUAUGGACAUAGAGCAUUAAUGAGAACAGAAUUCAUUAAAUUUUUAAGAUUAGCUUAUCUAUUAGAUUUUAUUGCUGUUUAAUCUUUAGGAUAGAUUUAUAUUAAAUCAGCAACAGAAUUUGUAGAUAAAUUGAUUAAAGUUUAAUAAUGUAGUAAAAAUAACAGAAAAUUACCUAAAUUGACUGAAAAUGAAGAUGAAAAAAAAGAUUUCUAAGAUUAUGAUCCUAUUUUCACUAUUGAAUUAAGAUUUAAUCCAAUUGAUGGUCAUCUUGAUAUUGAAAGAUAAGAAGUACCUUGGGAUACUUUAAGUGAUAAUUUAUUGGAUUUUGAUUUGUAAGAGUGUAUUAGAUUAAAAGAAGAGAAAGUACAAACUAAUGAGAAGGUAGAAAAGAAACAAUAAAAUACUUAGAAUGCAAAUUAAUAGUAAUCAAUGGAACCAUAGGAUGAUUUAAUAGAAGAUCCUGAAUUUGUAUGUAAAAGAGAGGUUCAAAAUCUUUAUGAAACACAAUUAGAAGUACAUCCAUCAAAGAGAGAUUUCUUUAGUAAAAUUUAAGAGGCAUUUUGUGAUGGAUUGGAUCAGAUAUAAGUGAUUGAGAGAUGGAGUAAACAUCCUGAUUUCUUGUAGUAUGUUUAAGCUUUGGAAGAAUGGGAUGAAAUUAUUGGAGAUAAGUGGACAUAACCUGAUUCUAUUAAUUUAAAUCCAUCAUAUUGGAUUAAAGAACAUCCUAUGAAUAAUAUAUUUAUGCAUGAAAUUUCUUAGGAAUUGGAUUAAGCAUUUUAAAAAUUGGAACUUUUUUAAAAGGAAUUCAAUGAAUAUUUGAAUUUAAUAUGGAGAUAAGAGAACAGUGAAAUAAAUUAAUUAUAAAAUCCUAGGUUAAUGUAUUAAUCAAAGAUAUUUGCAUGUACUUUGAAGAGUGCAUAAUUGAUAGAUAACAUAUUACAAUAAAAAUUAAUACCUUAAGUAGAUAUUGGAUUAUACAGAGUUAAAAUAUCAAAUAUAUAAAAAUAAUUGAGUGCUAGAUAAUCAUAAAUAUUGGUAUAAUUGGAGGAACUUUAUUUAUAAUUGUUUAGGAAUAGAUCUUAAGUAUUGAAGGCAUGGUUAUAAUAAUCAAUUAAAUCAUUAUCAGGUAUGGUUAUUAGAAUUGAAGAAUUUAUUGAAUAAAAGAAUUCUGUAGAUAGAAUAACUAAGGAAUUACCUUAAAGGAGAGAAGAAAUUGAAACUGCUAUUAGUAUAAUGACAUUGGCUUAAGAUUGCAAACUAUUUUCAAUGAAGAAAGAAGAUAAGGAUUUAGCAUAAGAUUUGAAUUAUUUAGAGUCUUCUUUGAAUGUUGCAUUAUCAGAAGCAGACAAUAAUACAGCCAAAAAUAUUGAGAAAUUUAAAAAAACAUUGAAAGAACGUAUAGAUAAAUUAAAGGGAGAAUGCUUAGAAAUUAGUGAGGCAGUUAAUAAGGAGAAGUUUUUGACAUUAAACACUGAUUUGGAAGAUGCUAUAAAGGAAUUAACUGAAAUAGAUACAAAGACUAAAUAAUUAGAAUAGAGUGCUUAAUUAUAUACUCAAUAUGAAGAAAUUUUAUAAUGUUAAGAAUAAGCUUAAUAUGAAGUAUUGGAGAAUACAAGAGAAUAAUUAAAUUUGAGAUUAGGAAUGUGGUAGGGAAUUUAGGAAUUUAAAAAAUUAUCCUAAGAGUGGUAAUAAUUAUAAUUUACAUCUAUUAAUGCAAAGGAAAUAGCUUAGAAAACUGAAGGAUUUGUUAGAAUUGUAUAAAGAUGUGAAAAGAAUUUGUAAGAAAAUAGAGUCAUUGCCUAUUUGAAGAAAAUUGUAUGGGAAUUUAAAGAUACUAUUCCAGUUGUUACAGCAUUACGUUCACAAUAUUUAUAAUAAACACAUUGGCAAGAAAUAAAAUAAUUGGUUAGAUAAGAAUUUGAUGUAAAUGAUUAAUAAUUUACAUUGAAUACUUUAUUGGAUUUGAAUGUAGCAUAACAUAAUGAAAUGAUCACUGAAAUUGCUGUGAAAGCAGCUUAAGAAGAUUCACUUAAUACUCAAUUAAAAAUCUUAGAGACAUAAUGGAAUGAAGUGGAAUUGAAGUUGAAACCUUAUAAAGAUCAAUUAGAUGUUAUGGUUUUAGGAGAAGUGGAAGAAUUAAUUCAAUUAUUUGAUGAAGGGUUAGCAAAUAUGUCUAAUAUACUUGCUAGUCGUUAUGUUAGACCUUUGAGAUAGAGAGCUGAGAAAUUUUAAUCUGAUUUAUUAUUGUUAUCAGAUAUUAUAGAGAAAUGGGUUGAAUGUUAAAAGAAAUGGAUGUAUUUGGAAAGUAUUUUUUGUAGUUAAGAUAUUAAAAAAUAAUUAUCAAAUGAAUCUUAAUUAUUUGAUAGUUGUGAUAGAUUAAUUAAAAAAUUAGUUAAAUAAGUCAAUCUAAGACCUUAAAUUAUGAGAUUAUUAGCUAUGUAAAAUAUGUUAGACAAUUUAACUAAAACAUUAGAAACUUUGGAAUAAAUUGAAAAGUCUUUAGAAGAUUAUUUAGAAGUGAAGAGAGGAUCAUUCCCAAGAUUCUACUUUUUGUCUAAUGAUGAAUUAUUAGAAAUAUUAUCUAAAUAAACUGAUAUCAAUUCAGUAUAAUCUCAUUUAGGAUAAUGUUUUGAAGCAUUAGUUAAAUUAUACUUUGGUGAUCAACCUAAUGUUAUUUAGGGAAUUUAUUCUCCAGAAGGUGAAUUAGUAUAAUAUUAUAAAUCUAUACCUGCAAGAGGGAAUGUUGAAACCUGGUUACAUUUAUUAGAAUUGGAAAUGGUAGAGACUUUACGUAAAUUGUGUAAAUAAGGUUUAUAAGAUUAUUUAAAUGGUAUAUAAAAGACUAAAACAGAUUGGAUUCUUAAUCAUAAAUCAUAGAUUGUAGCUGUUGUUAGUUAAAUACUUUGGUCAAUCAAUACUGAAGAUGCCAUUAAUGAAUCUAGUGUUAAAGCUAAUGCUCUUUAUGAAUGGCAUGAUAUGAUGGAAAUGCAAUUAAAAUAACUGACAGCUUUAGUAAGAGGAGAUUUAACAGUUGUUUAAAGAAAAACUAUAGUCUCUUUAAUUACAACAGAUGUUCAUAAUAGAGAUAUAGUUAUGAGAUUAGCUGAUAAUAGUAUAGAAACAACAUCAGAUUUCUAAUGGCAAUAGUAAUUAAGAUAUUAUUGGGAUGAUGAAUGUGAUGAUUGUUUAGUUAAAUAAGUCACAAGUGUAUUCCAUUAUGGAUAUGAAUAUUUGGGACCAACAAGUAGAUUAGUUAUCACUCCACUUACAGAUCGUUGUUGGAUUACAAUUACUUCAGCCUUAACUAAUUAAUUAGGUGCAGCUCCUGCAGGACCAGCAGGUACAGGAAAAACAGAAUCCACAAAAGACUUAGCAAAAUGUUUGGGAAGAUAUUGCAUUGUAUUUAAUUGUUCAGAUUAAAUUACUGCUGCAACUAUGAACAAAUUAUUUAGUGGUUUAGCAUAACAAGGAGCAUGGGCUUGUUUAGAUGAAUUCAAUAGAAUUGAUAUAGAAGUACUCUCUGUUAUAGCAUAAUAAUUAUUGACUAUUCGUAUUGCUUAAUUGUAAUAAUUGACAGAAUUUUUAUUUGAUGGUAGACAUAUCUAAUUAAAGAAUACAUAUGGAGUUUUUAUUACAAUGAAUCCAGGGUAUGCAGGAAGAACAGAAUUACCAGAUAAUUUGAAAUCACUCUUUCGACCUGUAGCUAUGAUGAUUCCUGAUUAUAGAUUAAUUGCAGAAAUUAUGUUAUUUGCAGAAGGAUUUGAAAAUGCAAAUGAUUUAUCAAGUAAGAUGGUUUAAUUAUAUAAAUUGUCAUCAUAAUAAUUAUCAUAAUAAGAUCAUUAUGAUUUUGGUAUGAGAGCAGUUAAAUCCUUACUUGUCAUGGCUGGUUCAUUAAAGAGAGCAGAUACAACUAUUCCUGAAGAUAUUGUAUUAAUUAAAGCUAUGCGUGAUGCCAAUAUUCCAAAGUUCCUGAAGGAUGAUAUACCAUUAUUUAUGGCUCUUAUUUAAGAUCUAUUUCCAAAAGUUGAAAUAGCAAAUUCAUCAUUUUAAUUCUUGGAAUAAUAAUUAAAUAAAAAAUGUAGAUAAUUUAAAUUGUAAAUCAUACCAAGUUUUAUAACUAAAAUGUUGUAGUUAUUUGAUACUCAAAAUGUAAGAUUUGGUACUAUGAUUGUUGGAGGUAGUGGAUCUGGCAAAACUAAUUGUUAUUAAAUAUUGGCAGAAACAAUUACUGAUAUAAAAGUAUAGAAUUUAUCGUAAGAUCCAAGGUUUUAAGAAUUAUAAUAUGUUAUUUUAAAUCCUAAGUCUAUUUCAAUGGGAGAACUUUAUGGAGAAGUUGAUCCUUUUACAAAUGAAUGGUAAGAUGGUUUAGCAAGUUCAAUAAUUAGAGAAUGUAAUAAUAGUAAAGAAAGACAUUGGAUUGUUUUUGAUGGACCUGUAGAUGCAUUAUGGAUUGAGAAUAUGAAUUCAGUUUUAGAUGAUUCAAUGACUUUAUGUUUGGCUAAUUCAGAAAGAAUUAAAUUGAGACAUGAAUUAAGAAUGCUAUUUGAAGUUCAGGAUUUAUCAGUUGCAUCUCCUGCCACUGUAAGUAGAUGUGGGAUGGUUUAUAUGACUGUUUAAGAUAUAAAUUGGUACAAUUAUGUGGAAUGUUGGAUUGAGGAAACAUUCUCAGAUUUAGAAAAGGGUUAGAUUAAAUGUUGUAAUCAACUUAAGGAAAAGUCUAAGAAAUCAAUAUAAAUAGAACCAAAAUAUUUAGAUUUAAUAAGAAAUUUAUUUAAAUCUUAAUAUAAAUUUUUAUUAGAGAAACUAGGAAAUCUUGAUGAACCUUUUAUUACAAUAGAAAUAUAGAGAGUAAAAAGUGUUUGUAACAUAUUCACUUACUUUUUGAAGUCCAUUUUAGUUUAGAAAUCUACUGAUAUACCUAAAUAAAUUACAGCUGUAUUUGCAUAUAGUUGUAUUUGGGGAUUAUGUGCAUCAUAUGAAUAGAAAUAUUAUGACAAGGUACAUUAUUAUAUAUUAUUUCAACAAUCUUAAUUUUGCAGUGAAUUUAGCCCCGAUCUGUUUGAGUUUAUAAAUAGAUGGGAUAAGGUACCUGCAAAAAUUAAAUCCUAGAUGUAAUUUAAUAAAGUCUUAAAAUUUACACUUUAUUUAAAUUACUAAUAGGAACAUUCUAUUAAUUUAUAACUCUCUAUAUCUAUAUUAUUAUUUUUUCUUAUUAAUUAUUAUUUUAGAUUGCAACAUAUUUCAAAGACCAAUUUCAAUCAUUACUAUACCCAAAAGGUGAUACUAUAUUUGAUUUCUAUGUUGAUGGAAAUGAUUUUACUACCUUAUAAUCAUGGGAAUCCCAAUUAUAAGAAUUUCAAUUUGUAAAAGAUCAAUCUUUUUUCAGCAUUGUUGUUUAAACAGUAGACACAUUGAAAUUUCAAUAUAUAAUGUAAUUAUUAAUUAGAGAAUAAAUACCUACUUUAAUUACUGGAUAAACAGGAGUUGGUAAGUCUAUGUUAGUAUAAUCAUUGUUAUAUGAAAUGAAAUUGAAUGAGAACGUAUAACCAGUACUAUUGAAUUUUUCAGCAUAAACAAAAUCAAAGCAAACCUAAUUGGCUAUAGAAUCUAAACUAAUUAAAAAGGGAAAAAUACUCUUUGGAGCAAGAGUAAAUGAAACCAUAGCUAUUUUUAUUGAUGAUAUCAAUAUGCCAGCUUUAGAAAAAUAUGGUGCUUAACCUUGUAUUGAACUUUUAAGAUAGAUGAUUGAAUUAUAAGGAACUUUUGAUCGUACAAAAUUAUUUUGGAAACAUAUUGAAGAUGUAACACUAUUGAUAGCUGGUGGACCUCCAGGAGGUGGAAGAAAUCAAUUAUCUUCAAGAUUUGUAAGAUAAUUUAAUGUUUUGAAUAUGCCAAAUUAAUCUGAUUCUAUUUUGGAGAUGAUUUAUGGAUCUAUUUUGAAAGGAUACUUUAAUAGUAUUAAUUUUAGUGAGAAUGUAAGGAAGACAAGUGAUUAAAUCACUAGAAUAACAGUUGAAUUAUUUAGAAGAAUAUCUUAAGAAUUAUUACCAAUACCAGCAAAAUUUCAUUAUACUUUUAAUUCAAGAGAUAUUAGCAAAGUAUUUUAAGGUUUAUUGAUGAUCAGACCUAUCUCAUGUAAUAAUAGUAAUGAUACAAUGGCUAAAUUAUGGGUUCAUGAAUGUGCAAGAGUUUUUUGUGAUCGUUUGAUUAGUGUUUAAGAUAAACUUUGGUUUUAUAAUACAGCAGUUGAAUUAUUAAUGAGGUACUUUAGUGUUAAUAAGGAUGAUAUAUCAAGCAAUAUAUUAUUUAGUGAUAUUCUAAAAUUAGAAGCUGCAAAUGUUUUAUAUGAAGAAGUAAGUGAAAAAAGAAAAGUUAUUGUGAAAUCAUUAUAAGAUAAAUUAGAUGACUAUAUCAUGGCAACAAAUGAUAAAAUGGAAUUAGUAUUUUUUGAUGAUGCUCUAGAACAUAUUCUAAGAAUAUCUAGAAUAUUUAGACAACCAAGAGGAAAUGCAAUGUUAAUAGGUGUUGGUGGAUCUGGAAAAUAAAGUCUUACUAAAUUAGCUUCAUUUCUUAUGAGAUCUGAGAUAUUUUAAAUUGAAAUUGUUAAAACCUAUAAUGCUGACUCAUUUAGAGCUGAUUUAAUUAAAAUUCUAAUGAAAACUGGAGGAGAAAGAAUUCCAUUAACAUUUAUAUUCAAUGAAGCUUAAAUUAUCUAAGAAAGUUUCUUAGAAGAUAUUAAUAACAUUCUCAAUACAGGAGAAGUUCCUAACUUAUUUGCUAAGAAAGAAGAUUUAGAAUAAGUAUACAAUACUAUAAGACCAUUAGCAAUUAAAGCUAAAAGAUUAGAUUCACCUGAAUCUUUAUGGACCUUCUUUGUGGAAGGUAUCAGAAAUUCAUUACAUAUUGUAUUAUGUAUGAGUCCAGUUGGUAAUCAAUUAAGAAUUAGAUGUCGUAAAUUCCCAUCUUUGGUAAAUUGUUGUACAAUUGAUUGGUUUACUUAAUGGCCUAAAGAAGCAUUAUUAGAAGUAGCUAAUAAAUUCUUAGACAAAAUACCUAAUUUGAAAUAAAAAGAUUAAUUGGCAUAAAUGUGUAUGGAAGUCAAUUUAUAAGUUGCAAAUCUAUGUGAAAAAUAUUAGAAAGAAUUAAGAAGAUAAGUUUAUACAACACCUAAAUCAUAUUUAGAUUAAAUAUAACUUUAUGCUAAUUUAUUAAUAUAAAAACAAUAAGAACAUGGAUUGAUAUAAAGAAAAUUAGCUGAUGGAUUAGAUAAAUUAUUUAAGGCUAAUGAGACUGUGGCUGUUUUGAAAGUAGAAAUGCAAGAGAUAUAACCAUAAUUGAUUGAAUAAUCUGCUAAAACAGAAUAAUUUUUGAAAUAAUUAGCUAUUGAUUAAAGUGAAGCUAAUCUAAAAGAAAGACUAGUAAAUGAUGAAGCAUAAAUUGUAAAUUAAUAAGCAUCUGAAAUUAAAAUAAUAGCAGAUGAAGCUUAAACUGAAUUAAAUAAAGCAUUACCUGCAUUGAAAGAAGCAGAAGAAGCUUUAUAAAGAAUUAACAAAAAUGAUAUUGCAGAAAUUAAAGGAUUUAUCAAUCCUCCUCCUGUUGUAUAAUUGGUAUUAGAAGCUGUUUGUAUAUUAUUGUAAGAGAAAACAGAUUGGAAUUCAGCAAAAUCUGUUAUGCUUAGUAAUGAUUUUAUGGAGAGAUUAAUUAAAUAUGAUAAAAGUUAGAUUACUGAAUAGAUGUUGAAGAAAUUGAGAUACAUUACAAUUAAGCCUGAAUUUGAUCCAAUUUGUGUUGCUUAAAAAAGUUAAGCAUGUAAAAGUCUAUGUAUGUGGUGUAGAGCUAUUGAUAAUUAUUCUAAGAUUGCUAAAGAAGUAGAACCUAGAAAAAAGAAAGUGGCAGAUAUGUAAUAAAAAUUAGAAGUGAAAAAUAAAGAAUUGGCAGUUAAAUAAGAUGAAUUAUAAAAAGUUAGAGAUAGAGUAGCUAAAUUAUAAAAAGAAUGUGAUGAAACAGUAGAAAAAAAGAAUGAAUUAGAAAAAGAAUUAGAAAGAACAAAGAAAAGAUUAGUGGCAGCUGAAAAAUUAACAUAUUUAUUAGCUGAUGAAGGUAUAAGAUGGAAAGAUUAAAUUAAAUUAAUAGAAUAAGUUUUAUAGUAAAUAAUUGGAGAUGUUUUCUUGGCUGCUAGUACAGUCAGUUAUCUAGGUGCAUUUACUGGAUAGUAUAGAGAAUAAUUGAUUAAAAAUGCAAUUGAUAAAUUAAAAGAAUUAGAUAUUCCUUUUUCUGAUAAUUAUUCUUUAUCUACUACUCUAGAAAAUCCAAUUGUUAUUAGAGAUUGGGUUAUUUGUGGAUUACCUAAUGAUGCCAUUUCAAUUGAUAAUGGAGUAAUUGUUACUAGAGCUGAUCGUUGGCCUUUAAUGAUUGAUCCAUAAGGAUAAGCAAAUAAAUGGUUAAAAUAAUUUAAUAAAGAAUUGAAAGUAAUGAGAUUUACAGAAUAACAUUUUUUAAAAGGAUUAUAAUAAUGCAUAAGUUCAGGAUAUGAAGUAUUAUUUGAAGAAGUAGAAGAGAAAUUAGAACCAUCUGUUGAUUCAGUUCUUUAAAAAUAAAUUAUUGAAGUAGAUGGACGUAGACUUAUAAAAGUUGGUGAUUAAAAAGUAGAUUAUCAUAAUUAAUUUAAAUUGUAUUUCACUACAAAAAUAGCAAAUCCAAAUUAUUUACCAGAAGUAUUUAUUAAAACUACAGUAAUUAAUUUUAGUAUCACUUUUGAGGGUUUAUGUGAUUAAUUAUUGGGUGAUGUAAUGAAAUUUGAAAAACCAGAGAUAGAAAAGUAAAGAGAUGAAAUCAUUAUAAAAAUGAGUAAUGCUAAUAAACAACUCAAAGGAGCUUAAGAUUCUAUUUUAGAUCUUUUAGCUAAUGCUUAAGGAAUGAUAUUAGAUAAUGAAUAAUUAAUCCACACUCUUGAAGUCUCGAAAUUUCAAUCUGCUGAUAUUCAAAAAUCACUUGAAGAAACAAUUAUUGUAGAAUAAUAGAUUAAUGAAUCUAGAAAUCUUUAUCAUUCAGUAGCUAUAAGAGGAACAAUAUUAUAUUUUGUAAUUUCAGAUAUGAGUUUAAUUGAUCCAAUGUAUUAAUAUUCUCUUCAAUAUUUCAAAAAGCUAUAUAAUAUUUCCUUAAAUCUCACUCCAAAGACUGAUUUACUUAGUGAGAGAUUGCUUUACUUAGAAGAAACAAUUACUUAGACUGUCUUUAAAGAUAUUUGUAGAGGUUUAUUUUAAUAACAUAGAAAGAUCUUUUCAUUUUUAAUUUGUGCUUAAGUUUAGAGAUAAAAUGGGUCAAUUUCAAAUGCAGCAUGGAAUUUAUUAUUAAGAGAUUAGAUACCUUCAACUCCAAUAAUUAAUCCUGAUAAAUUAUUUAUGAAAGAUUCUCAAUGGAAUUUAAUUUUAUGUAUCUAAGAAUAAAUUACAGAAUUAACUGAUUUAUCUUCAGAUAUUAAAAAUAAUUUAUUGUAUUGGAAAGAGUUCGCUUAAAUAGAUGAUAUUUAUUAAGCAUCAUUCCCAACAUAAUCUCCACUUGCUGUUUGUUCAACAUUAAAUCCAUUCUAUAGAUUGUUAAUAAUAAAGGCUUUAAAACCUGAAAAAAUAAUGUUUGGUUUAACUGAGUAUGUAAUUGAAUUGUUUGGAGAAUUCUAUAUAAAUUUAUCUUCAUCUUCAAUGGAAGAAAUUUAUUAAUCAUCAGAAUCACAUACUCCAAUAAUAUUUAUAUUAUCUCCAGGUGCAGAUCCUACUUAAACAUUAUUUAAAUUGGCAAAAGAGUAAUAAAGUUAAAUUGAUGUAAUUUCUUUGGGACAAGGAUAAGGAAAAAAAGCAGAAAAUUUGAUUUAGAAAGGAUAGAAAGAUGGAACAUGGAUUAUGCUUUAAAAUUGUCAUUUAGCAAGAUCAUGGAUGCCUUAAUUAGAAAAAUUAAUGGAAUCUUUAACAUCACAUCAUAUUGAAGUUCAUAAUAAUUUCAGAAUCUUUUUGACUUCCAUGCCUGCUGCAUAUUUUCCUGUAAGUACAUUAUAGAAUGGUUUAAAACUUACAACAGAACCACCUAGAGGAUUGAAAUCUAAUUUACUUAGAUCUUACUAAGAAUUUUAGCAAGCAGAUAACUAACAAAAGUUAUUCAAAUAAUUAUUUUUCAGCAUUUCCUUCUUUCAUGCAAUAGUGUAAGAGAGAAGGAAAUUUGGACCUUUGGGAUUUAAUAUUUCAUAUGAAUUUAAUGAUUCUGAUCUUGAUAUAAGUAUAUAAAUGAUGAAAAUGUUUAUUUCUUAAGAAGAAGAAAUUCCUUGGGAUGCAAUGUAAUUUAUGAUAGGUUAAAUAAAUUAUGGUGGUCGUGUUACUGAUGAUUAAGAUAGAGUAUGUUUAACUUCCAUAUUGAAAAAGUAUUUAGGUGAUCAUAUUGAAACCAAUGUAAAAUUCUCAAAUAGUGGAAUUUAUUAUUUACCAGAAGAUGAUUACAUUAAUUAUAUAUCUUAAUUACCUAAUUAAGAAGAUCCUGAAGUAUUUGGUAUGCAUGAAAAUGCAAAUAUUGUAUUCUAAACUUAGGAGAGUUAAAAAAUAUUAGAUAUCAUAUUAUCCAUUUAACCUCGUGUAAGUAGUACUAGUACUCAGAAAUCUCCUGAUAUGAUUGUUAUGGAAAAGGCUAUAUACUUUUAAAGUAAUCUUCCAGAAAUUUUGGAUAAAAAUGUUUGUAAUUAGAGACAUUAUUAAAUUACUGAAAAUGGCAGUGUUUAAUCUUUAUCAACUGUUUUAUUUUAAGAAAUAGAUAAAUUCAAUAAAUUAAUUGAAUUAAUUCAAUCUACAUUAAUUUAAUUGUAAUAAGCAAUAAAAGGUUUUGUACUAAUAUCUUAGGAAUUAGAUGAAAUGUAUUUAGCAUUUCUUAAUAAUGCUAUUCCUCCUAAUUGGAUGAAAUAAUCAUAUUCUACUUUGAAACCACUUUCAAGUUGGUUUAAAGAUUUAAUUGCAAGAGUACAAUUUAUUAGAUCUUGGAUGGAAAAAGAUUUCAUUCCUGCUUAUUGGAUGUCUGGAUUAUUUUAUCCUUAAGGAUUUUUGACUGGAGUAUUAUAAACACAUUCUAGAAAAUACAAGAUUCCAAUUAAUAAACUUAAUUUCAAAUUUAAAGUGUUGGAUAUAGAAUAAGAUAGAAUUAGAGAUGAAAUUAAAGAUGGAGUAUAUGUAUAUGGUCUAUAUUUGGAAGGAGCAAGAUGGGAUUAUUAACAUGAAACUUUAAUUGAAUAAUAAGUAGGUUAAAUUUAUUUCCCUCUUGCCAUGAUGUAUUUCUAACCAAUGGAGGAAUAUUAGACUGGAGAAGAAUAUUAUAAGUAAUAUUAUGUAAUCUAUAUGCUUAGUUGUCCAUGCUAUAAAACAUCAAAUAGAACAGGAGUUCUCUCAACUACAGGUUAAUCAACAAAUUUCAUUUUAUCUAUUGUAAUAUAUAAUAAUAUUUUAGGAUUUGAUGAGUAAAACAGAGAAACCAGAAUAUUGGACUUUAAGGGGAACAGCUAUAAUUUCUUAAUUAAAUGAUUGA